AUGAUUGCAUCUCUGGUUAGUUUAUCGGGUCAUGUACUGGUGACAUCAUAUAAAGUACUCCAUACUGUUGUUCCUGCCUUGGAAUACGUUUCAUCAUACUGGACAAUGGGUUCAAUCAAAGUGGAUUUUAACACAAAACAUUUGGAAAAAGGUGACCCUUUACCUUCCUACAAUGGGAAGUUGCGGGUGUACAACAUGCGUUAUUGCCCGUGGGCACACCGUGCUAUCCUGGCACUCAACGCUAAGGAGUUGGACUACGAGAUUGUCAAUAUAAACACACAGAAUAAGCCAGAAUGGUUGCCUUCAAAGAGUGCCUUCGGAAAGGUUCCUGCUCUCGAGAUCCAAGAUGGUGUUUCUAUUUACGAAAGCUCAGUAAUCGUCGAAUAUUUGGAUGAGGUGUACCCCCAGCGACCUCUGCUCUCCAAAGACCCAGUGACAAGAGCUUUUGACAAGAUCAUUGUUGAAGCUUUUGCACCAGUCACAAGCCUAUUCUUCAGAGCGAUGACAAACCCAGAGGGGGUCACAGAUGACGCACGGACUGCCUACGAGAAAGCCUUACACUUCGUACAGGAGCAGCUCACUUUGAGAGGCACAAAGUUCUUUGGCGGCAGUCAGCCUGGCUACGUGGACUACAUGAUUUGGCCGUGGUUUGAAAGGAUUACUAUCCUCGAAGGACUGAACGGGCACGCUGAGAUUGAUCCUCAGAAAUAUAAACUGCUGACAGACUACAUUGCUGAAAUGUUCAAAGAUCCCGCCGUCAGUCAGUAUGUAGUCAAUAAGGACGUUUUAUUAAAAUUCGGGGAUGCAUACAAGAAAAAAUUACCUAUCAACUAUGACAUGCUUCUAGAACAGUAA